AUGGGCAAGGUUUGUGCCAUUUUUGGAGGAUCCCGAGGAAUAGGAAAAGCUGUUGCAGAAGUACUGGCACAGAGAGGCUGCCGCCUGGCCAUUAUUGCUAGAAACCUGGAAGUAGCCCAGACCACUGCACGUAAUCUUGGUGCAGGACAUCUGGCACUUAGCUGUGAUGUAUCCAGCGAACAAGAAGUCCAAAACACUUUUGAGGAGAUGCAGAAGAAUUUAGGUCCUGUUAACUACUUGGUUAAUGCAGCUGGGAUCAACAGGGAUGGCUUGUUACUGAGAACCAAGACUGAAGAUAUGAUAGCCCAGAUUCACACUAACCUUUUGGGGACAAUGUUGACAUGCAAAGCUGCUGUAAAAAGCAUGAUUCAACAACAAGGAGGUGCUAUUGUCAAUAUAGGAAGUAUUGUAGGACUUAAAGGCAAUUCUGGUCAGAGUGUUUACAGUGCUACCAAAGCAGGAUUAGUUGGAUUUUCACGCUCUCUUGCUAAAGAAGUAGCAAAAAAGCAAAUUCGAGUCAACGUGGUUGCUCCAGGUUUUAUUCACACGGAGAUGACUGCUCAUUUGGAAGAAGAUCAGUUGAAGAAAGCAAUUCUCCUUGGAAGAUUUGGAGAGCCUCAUGAAGUUGCACAAGCUGUCGUCUUUCUUCUAGAGUCCCCUUAUGUUACUGGGAGUACUCUAAUUGUAGAUGGAGGCUUGCAUCUUAUGACUUGA